AUGCUGAGGGAGGUUGGGGAGGAAGGGGUGACUACUGUGCAGAUGAGUCAUUGUGCAAAAGAAUAUCUCGACAGAGAACAAUUGAUUCUACAAACCCCUGGACCCAUUUUGAUCAUUGUCAUUACUGAUGAUCGACCACCGAAAGGAUUGUUUGAGCAUUUAAAAUUGGCAUUUCAAGAUGCUGACUUUCUCUUUGUGGUGGACAAGUCAAAUGAGAAUUUCAUCAAAGAUCCAAAAUGGGUAGAGUUCAUAAAGAAUGGCUGGGAGCAAGGAUAUGUGAAGCUGUUAUUUCAUACCCCAUACAAUGGGGGAGCCAUCUAUGACAAGUGGUUGUUUCCCUAUAUGCGUUUUCAGCCAGCCACAGUGGAGAGUUUUAUACAUGCUCGUAAUCGAUUUGGUGAUCUUGAGGGUUUCGAAAUACGCGUGGCAUCCUAUAACAAUGCCCCACGUUGUAUAAUUUAUAAUGACGAGAAAGGAAAACUUGUAUUUGGUGGUUUCUACAUGCGUUUUGUGCGUCAUUUUUUGGCGGCACGGAAUGCCACCUUCGUUCCUGUUUUUAUUCAAGGAACACCCCUACAUUGCACCAAGGCUCUGAUGAGUGAGGAGGUGGACAUAUGUGCCGAUGCCUUGGUCCAAAACCAAACUCAGGAAAUUGCCGUCACUCAUGCCCUGCGUUUGGCCUAUGCAAAUGUGAUGGUGGCUCAUGCUGAACCACUUCAUUCUUAUCGCUAUUUGGUGGCUCCAUUUACAACGACUACAUGGAUCUGUUUGAUGUCCUACAUCAGUGCAAUGGUCUCAUUUCUAAGUGUAAUACAUUGGAAACAAUGUCAUCGUUGGAUUUAUAGUGAAUUCCUACUUGAAGCCAUCUCUUCAUUACUUUUCUCGGGAUUCAGAUUGAAACAAGUGCAAGGACAUGCACGUUAUAUACUCUUUGCGGUGAUGUUUCUAGCUGGUUUUGUAUACUCUACCAUGUAUUUAGGCUUCUUGAAGAGCAUACUCAUAUCGGAAGUCUUUGAAAAACAGAUCAAUACAUUCGAAGAGUUGGUGGAGAGAAAUGUAACCAUAAUGAUGGACGAAUACGAUCGCAUUUUGAGCCUUAAAUACAAUUUGCCAGAGAUGCUAUGGCCAAUUGUUCAAGUUGUUUCCAUAGAAACAUUGAUGGAGCAUCGUAACAAAUUUGACAAUAGAUACGCUUACGUCCUCUUCACGGAUCGCAUGAAUCUCUAUGAUUAUGCCCAACAGUUUUUGCAUCACAAACGCUUGCGACGCAUUCCCAUUAAGAUUUUAUUCAUAUUCUCUGGCAUUCCCAUGCGUAAGACGUGGUUUCUGCGUCCACAUCUAAGCACGGCCUGGGCCAGUGCCUUCGAGACAGGUUUGACACUGAAACUAACCCAGGAAGCCGAACAUGAGGCAAUGCGUACUGGAGUUUUGCCUUUUCUCGCCACGGAAUCUCGUGAACUGAAACCAUUGAGUUUGGAUUAUUUUGUGAUGCCAGCGAUUUCUUUGGUCCUAGGCUAUGGCAUGGCAUUGAUAAGCUUCAUCAUCGAAUUGUUGAUCAAGCGCUUAAGAGCCUAA